AUGGCGCGUCUCCUCAAACCGGACGCUGAAGGUUUCGCCUUCGCGGCGCAGCAAUUGCGACUUGGACAGCUCGUAUCUUUCCCUACUGAGACCGUCUACGGUCUGGGCGCCAACGCACUCAAUCCGGAGGCUGUUCUGGCCAUUUUUGAAGCCAAGGCGCGGCCUCUCACAGACCCACUGAUCGUACACGUCCCCGCUCUGGAGGACGCCCCUUCUGGCCUGGACCAUUGA